CCGGUCCCGGCCAAGGUGCGGGUCGCCUCCGGAGGCGCGGGGACGCGGUGCGAGCGAUCCUGUCGCGGGUCCAGAUCCCGUGUCGCUAAACCUUGUGCGGCCCACCCACCCAACACACCCCAAAAUGAAGAAAUUAAGGCUUAAGGAACUGGAGAGUCGCCUGCAACAAGUGGAUGGAUUCGAAAAGCCGAAGCUACUUCUAGAACAGUACCCGACCAGGCCGCACAUUGCAGCAUGUAUGCUCUAUACAAUCCAUAACACAUAUGAUGACAUUGAAAACAAACUGGUUGCAGAUCUAGGAUGUGGUUGCGGAGUGCUUAGCAUCGGAACUGCAAUGUUAGGAGCAGGGUUGUGUGUUGGAUUUGACAUAGAUGAAGAUGCAUUGGAAAUAUUUAAUAGAAAUGUGGAAGAGUUUGAGUUAACAAAUGUUGACAUGGUUCAAUGUGAUGUGUGCUCCUUGUCUAACAGAAUGUCCAAGUCAUUUGAUACAGUAAUUAUGAAUCCUCCCUUUGGGACCAAAAAUAAUAAAGGGACAGAUAUGGCUUUUCUCAAGACUGCUUUGGAAAUGGCAAGAACAGCAGUAUAUUCUUUACACAAAUCUUCAACUAGAGAACAUGUUCAGAAGAAAGCUGCAGAAUGGAAAAUCAAGAUAGAUAUUAUUGCAGAGCUUCGAUAUGACCUGCCAGCAUCAUACAACUUUCAUAAAAAGAAAUCAGUGGACAUUGAAGUGGACCUAAUUCGGUUUUCUUUUUAAAAGCCUCCAAAGACAAAAGCAGCUUUGAACCUAAUUAAAAUGAAUACAAAAAUUGUUUAUUAAACUACUGGUCUCCGGCACCAUUUUCUGUUUUCUGUUGUUUUGAUGCAGGUUCUUCUUUGUCUGUUUCUUCUCUUGUUCUUUUCAC